ACUACUUCAACACGGCCAAGAUCCGGGAGCACUACAACUACACCAAGGGAGCUCAGCUCCCCGACGGAUCGGCGCCCGCCUCCCACGGCGUCGUCUCCAUCGUCAUCGUCGCCGUCUGCUGCUUCAUCGUCCUGGAGAACCUCCUGGUCCUCGUCUCCGUCUGCCGCAACCAGAAGCUGCACUCCGCCAUGUUCAUCUUCAUCGCCAACCUGGCUUUUUCCGACCUGCUGGCCGGUUUGGCUUUCAUGGCCAACAUCCUCCUGUCCGGCUCCACCACCUUCAACCUCACCCCGGUGCAGUGGUUCGUCAGGGAAGGGACGGCUUUCGCCACCUUGGCCGCCUCGGUUUUCAGCCUCCUGGCCAUCGCCAUCGAGCGCCACGUGGCCGUCACCCGCGUCAAGGUCUACGGCGGGGACAAGGGCUGCCGGAUGGUGCUGCUGAUCGGCGCCUGCUGGCUGGUGGCGGCGGCCGUGGGCAGUUUGCCCAUCAUGGGCUGGAACUGCAUCAGCGACCUGCGCGACUGCUCCACCGUCCUCCCCCUCUACUCCAAACGCUACGUCCUCUUCGUCGUCACCAUCUUCACCCUCAUCCUCCUCGCCAUCGUCGGCCUUUACGGCCGCAUUUAUUGCAUCGUCCGUUCCAGCCACGCCGACAUCGCCGGCUCCCAGACUUUGGCUCUGCUCAAAACCGUCACCAUCGUCCUGGGAGCCUUCAUCGUCUGCUGGCUGCCCGCCUUCGUCAUCCUCCUCCUGGACGCCUCCUGCCCCGUCCGCUCGUGCCGCGUCCUUUACAGAGCCAAUUAUUUCUUCGCCUUCGCCACGCUCAACUCGGCCGCCAACCCCAUCAUCUACACUCUGCGCAGCAAGGAGAUGCGCAGGGAGUUCCGCCGCCUGCUCUGCUGCUGCGGGGCGCCGGGGCGGGGGGCCGAGACCCCCGGGCGCUGCGCCCUUCCCCUCCGCACCUCCAGUUCCACCGAGCGCUGGAGCCAAAAGCAGGGGCUGCCCGCCUCGCCCGGCACGCGGGAGUGCACCACCUCCGUCUGAGCUCGGGGGGCAGGGAGACCCAUAGGUGCCCCACGGGUGCCUCACUGAAUGCCCCUCGGGUGCCCCGUGGGUGCUUCUGGGGUGCCCCGUCGGGUGUCCCGUGGGUGCUUCCUGGGUGCCUCAUUGAUGCCCCAUGGAUGCCCCGUGGGUGCUUCUUGGGUGCCCCAUGGGUGCUUCUUGGGUGCCCCAUUGGUGCCCCAUGGAUGCUUCUUGGGUGCCCCACGGGUGCCCCACUGAACGCCCCAU